CAGCCUUCCCACAGUGCCCCGCGCACGGCGGGCAUGAUAACAAGCCCCCGGAGUUCCCACGCUGGGAUCGUGGCUGUGUGCAGGCACCGUGUUGCGUGAGACGAACCGGACGGCGCCGGGCCAGCAGUCAUCGGCCCGAGUGAUGGCGCUGUUCCGGGGAAUGUGGGGCGUGUUGAAAGCACUGGGGCGCACGGGGGUCGAGAUGUGCGCGGGCUGCGGGGGCCGCAUACCCUCGCCUAUCAGCCUUGUCUGUAUUCCGAAGUGUUUUUCCAGCAUGGGUAAUUAUCCAAAGAAACCUAUGAGUUCAUACCUUCGAUUUUCUACAGAACAGCUACCCAAAUUUAAAGCCAAACACCCAGAUGCAAAACUUUCAGAACUGAUUAGAAAAAUUGCAGCCCUGUGGAGGGAGCUACCGGAAGCAGAAAAAAAGGUUUAUGAAGCGGAUUUUAAAGCUGAGUGGAAAGCGUACAAGGAAGCCGUGAGCAAGUAUAAAGAACAGCUGACGCCGAGUCAACUGAUGGGUUUUGAGAAGGAAGCCCGGCAGAAACGUCUAAAAAAGAAAGCACUAAUAAAAAGGAGAGAAUUAGUUUUGCUGGGAAAACCAAAAAGACCUCGGUCAGCAUAUAACAUUUAUGUGUCUGAAAGCUUCCAGGAGGCGAAGGAUGAGUCAGCUCAGGGAAAAUUGAAGAUUGUAAAUCAGGCUUGGAAAAAUCUGUCUCCUGAAGAAAAGCAGACAUAUAUUCAGCUUGCUAAAGAUGAUCGAAUUCGUUACGACAACGAAAUGAAGUCUUGGGAAGAGCAAAUGGCUGAAGUUGGACGAAAUGAUCUCAUCCGUCGCAGUGUGAAACGCUCAGGAGACAUCUCUGAAAAUUAAGAUAGAAGACGGAGUUGUCAUUGUGUUGAUUAGACACAAGAAACCAGUUAGGUCUCAAAGCCUUAACUUGUCAAACUAGAAAGGAUAAAGGUGGUUAACCUUUGAUAUUCAGUUCACUUUUCUGUAGCCAUGGAUUCUGCCCAUUGAAUGCAUUUCUAUUAAUGUUUUGGGCCUUACCAUAGAAGAUCAUGCCAAGUUCUGCCUUUGGCUUGAGAACUGGAAUCGAGACUGUCCAUGCAUCCGCAUGCACUGGUGAAUCGUUCUGCAUUUGAUGGAGUAGAUAGACGGUGAGGUGACUUUCACACUGGUGACAGUUGCGUAUGGUUUUGUGACGUUUUUACACUGAUGACCGUUACAUAUGGGUAUGCUCCUUGUGUCCCAGGCCAGAGCUGCUCUCACAGCUGUGGCAGAGCUAUGAAUAAUGGUGUCUUCAGAGAAGCUUCCAGGCUUUCCUAGAUGAAGUGAUUCCUAGACUAAAUCGUGUAGAGCUGAUAUUUGUACAUAAUAAGUGAUUGUUGAUGUCCUGAUAGUGUUUUAUAGUAGGAGCAGAGAGAUUUACAGUCUUUCUCAAAGUAAGAAAUUAUGUACCAAGUCUAUGCAUAUGUUUUUAUUGCAUAGAAUAAAAACUCUAAUUUUCCAAACAUGUUUCUGAAUUAUGUAUUUUAAGAUGAACCAUUUUGUUAACAGAUUUUUUUUUUUAAAUUUUAGGUAGGUACUUUAUUUUUAUGAAUUACUUUUCAUUUGAGAGUAUUCAUAGAGUUUAUGUGGUAUAAAUUUUUAAAUGAGAAAAUGUGAAAAACAAGUCUCCAAAGUCAGAAAUCUGGAAGAUUAUCUAUGACAGGUAAAGGCCUGUGCAGGAGAGCACCACCUGUGUCGAGCCUGCCAAGUCCAGCCUACUGACUAACUGCUUUUCAGGGCCUGUUUGUCAAGACCUGUAUUUAUGUUCUAAAUAGGUUUUUAAAAAGGAAAGUAUCGAUGUGAAAAUUAAUAUGAUGAUUAGUGCUUUUGACUAGAAUUUCUUGGGUUUGCUGUGUGGGUGUUCUGUGCUCCAGGGACGACCCUGGGAAGCUGCAGUGGACAGGGAUGGCCCUUGGCAGACAUUUUGCCAGUGUGGUUUGUAGCAUGUUGUCUCAUGGCUGCUGGGCAUACAAGGCUAUUUUCCUCAGAUGUCCUCGAUGUUUUGUGAUACUGUCACCCUAUCUUGCGGUCAUCACUGGGUCCCUAUAAGCCUAACUGUUCUUGGUGUUAGCAAGGAAAAUAUUCUCUAGUCUGGAAUCCUGGCGUAGCAUGGUCCAGAGGGCCACUGUAUGGAGUGAAGCCCUCCUAAUCUUGAUUGUUGCACAGGAGAAAGUGUCUUCCCAACUUUGAGCUGGCACAUCCCACAAGCCUUUGUCAAGCCUGAGCCAACACUCCUUAGUAUUUGUUUUAGAGAGCACGGGGCUUCACCCAUCACACCACUAAGCAGAUCUCAGACACAGGGCAAAACAGAGUCCAUACUCAUGUGUGUUAUGUAUGAGGAGGCUUAGAGAGUGUACACUCUGGGAAAAUAAAUUUGCAGUCACUGAACUUGACAAGGUAGGAACAGAAGAACACAUGGAGAAGAGAUGUAAGAGUCAGAUAUAUAAAACAGGGUAUUUGAACUGGGUAGGAAACUUGCCUAGAGUGUACAUGGCCUUGGGUCCAAAUCCUAUAACUGCAACUCUCCCCAGAAGAGAUAAUCAGAAUCUUGAAGAUAAAUUUAAGAAAAAGUAAUUUCCCCCGUGGAUUGGAAUUCAGGCCUGUAGAUGGCAUGGGUUUAAGCCAUAGUUGGAAGGUGGUGGAAGGAGGCCAGCGUGAGUUGGUAUGGUGCCAUCUCCUUGUCUUCCCGAAGAGACAUGAGCUCUGCACUCCCGUGGUCUCUGGAAGGGAACUCCAUGCUGUCCUUACUCGCAUUGACCAUGUGCUUCAGAGCUCCUGUGGAGCGCAGGCACUACCGAGAUCUGGUGAUGUCCGAGAUGCCCAGGGCUCUAAGCACGAACCACAAGCUCAGCUCUGCUUCCCACACACACUGGAGAGUGCUCAAGAACUCCGCUCAGUCUAGGAAGGGCCUGGGAGAUGCAGGGAGGCCUGGACCAGAGCCUUUUCAUGGCACUUGGUUCAGUUUGGUUUUCCUUGCUUAUAAAACAAGCUUACUGUUAACACUGUAACUGACUUUCUGUGCUUUUUUCCCCCCUAAUGACAGAGUCAGCAAAAAAGCAGUUGCCAGAGGAGCCAGGAAGGUGUUGGGAGGAGCAGAAGGCAUGGGUGAUGGAUGCUGCAUUAGGUAGAAUCACAGGGGCUUUGAUACUUCUGAGAUCAGCAUGGCUGACGGGAUCAUCCCCUGUGGCUGCCAAGGGCUUGGUGCUUCCUGCUUUCUUACUGUCAUGUGACUGCAAACGGGCUGCUCUUUUAUUCCAACUCCAUUUUCAGCAGUGCCCUUCAAAACAACAAACCCUAGUUGGUCAAGUGUGUCCUUCUGAAUCUUAAAGCUGGUAUUAGCGUACUUUAAAUGGAUGUAGCUAGAAAGUCUUCCUGGGUUCGCCCACACUCACGAUACCUCCAGGGGGUGCUGGAGCUGCAGCGUUAAUGCAGGACAGAGCUAUAGUGUCCAUCAGGUCUGUUUGGUCAUAGUGUAAGAAUUUUCCUCUGACAGCAGCCCUUCUCCCAGGUUUUGUUUGUUGUUGUUGUUGUUGUUGUUUUCCAAGACAGGGUUUCUCCGUGUUGCCCUGGCUGCCCUGUAACUCACAUUGUAGGUCAGGCUGGCUUCAAACUCACAGACCUAGCUGCCCCUGCCUUGAGUGCUGAGAUUAAGAGCGUGCCUCUCUCUCCUUUGGAAUUUGCCACCGGCCUGUCACUGAUGAGUCUGGAGAUGCUAAAACAGUGUCUGUUUUUGAAGUGUAAAGCAGAACAUAUUUCUCUUUUUUUUUUUAUAUAUAAUUGAGCUUAAGAGAUAAAAUGGAUAUAUUUACUCUGAAUUUGUAAAACUUCCUAAACAAAAAGUAAAAUUAUGCACAACUGUA